AUGGCUAUUUUGGCUGGGAGGCAUAUAAAGGUAUCUCCUCAAUGUCCAAUAUGUAAGAGUGGCCCGGAGGAUAUUGGCCAUAUUCUGUUUGGAUGCUUAAGAGCAAAAGAGACUUGGAGUGAAUUGGGUUUGAUGGAUGACAUACAACAUGCACUUCUAGUUGAUCGAUCAGGUUCGGUUGUCCUCGAGCACAUUCUUCGAUCACCCAAUAGAGAUGCCCCUAACCUUGAGCGGGUGUCAUUACAUGAAUUAAUAGCGGUGGGAGGAUGGUACAUUUGGUGGCAAAGAAGAGAGGCAGUGAAGGGUGAGAGGGUCAGUCCUCCAAAGAACUCAACUUUUGCUAUAAAGGCUCUCACUGCAAAUUUUGGAGCGAGUCAGGGAAAGGCAAAGGAAAAGGAGUUCAAGUGGGUGAAACCAAUGAAGGAUAAACUCAAACUGAAUAUUGAUGCAUCUUACUUUGCGGAUGGGUCGGGGGCUGCUGGCGGAGUUCUGAGAAAUGAAAAAGGGGAGGUUAUGGCGGGCUACUAUUGUACUCUGAAGCAGCAGAGCCGCUCUCGGUCGCUCGAUCGGAUCACUGAUCGCCUCUCGCUAUAUAACCAUCACUCCUCCACUCUCUCUUCCUCCCACUGCUCGAGAUCGCCGAUCGAGCACCACCCAGAUCGACAAAAUGGCGCUCCUCCCGCUGGUCCUCGCGCUCCUCGUCGUCUCCAGCGCCGCGCAGCAGCCGCCGAUGCAGCCGCCUCAAACUCCAAGCGCGCCGCAAGCCCCCAACGCGCCGGCAGCGCCCAACGCACCCCCGGCGCCGGGAGCAACCGCGCCACCCGCCGGGAACCCUCCUCCCGCCCCCACCGCGCCCCCGGCCGGCAACCCGCCUCCAGCUCCCACCGCUCCUCAGGCGCCUCCCAUGCCUCCUCAGGCGCCACAGGCCCCGGCCAUGCCCCCUCCGACGCCUCAGGCCCCUGUCAUGCCCCCUCCCGCGCCGCAGUCCCCUGCCACCCCUCCCCCCGCUCCCACCACGCCGCCGGCCACCCCACCACCCGCUCCCACAACCCCGCCCCCGGCUCCCCCGACCCAGCCCCCGCCUGCUCCUACCACCCCGCCUCCCGCGCCCACCACCCCGCCGCCAUCACCGCCCAUGUCGCCACCGCCCGCCACGCCUCCUCCAAUGGCGACACCACCUCCAGCCAUGACGCCCACCAUCGCCCCAACCACCGCCCCGGCGACGUCCCCAGUCUCGACGCCCUCGCUCUCCCCGGUCAGCCCCAAGGCGCCCUCCCCCGCCGGCGAGACGUCCCCGACAUCGUCCCCCACGCUCGCGCCAGCUGGCACACCGGUGACCGACAGCAGCAGCGCCACCACAGUGCGCGCCGCCGGUGUCGCCGCGUUCGUUGCGUUGGCGACCGCGGGCCUCGCCGCCUUCCUCUGAGCAGUAGCUAGGCUCUCGUGCGUGCAUGCAUGCAUGUCGCCGCUGUGUCCGUCGGAUCCCGUGCGUCGGAUCCCGUUUUCUUUUCAUGUCGUUAUUUAAUUUUUUACCGGUGGAAUGAUCGAUCGAUUCUUGAUGUACUCUUCUUCUUCUUCGAGCUCCUCUUCUUUUGAUGAUCGGUGUUGCACUGUACUGUACGUGAAUUGCUGCCCCAUUUUGGUUAUAUAGAGAGAGGAUUUGUGUA